CGCCGGCGGCCAGUCGUUUGACGCCUGCCGCGCGAGCGGGUGUCGCCACAGGAAAGCGAGUGUCGCGAUCGCGAACGAACCGCCGGGUUAUGGACGUUGCAUGAGCGGGCGCGACCGCUGGAGCCGUCGGGCACGCCGGUCGUGGAGCGCGCGCCGUGGGCCCCGGGCGGCGCGGGCAUGCGCUUCGAGGGCGCCGAGCGGCGCGACGCCGUCGCCUUCCACGGGCUGCUGGCGCCGCGGCCGAGCGACUUCUCGGUGUCGGCGUUGCUGACGGCGGGCGCGCUGCCGCCGCCGCCGUACCUGCCCGCCGCGCUGGCCGCCGCCGCCGCGCUGUCCGCGCCCUGUCCUCUCCUCAAGCCGCCGCCGCCGCCGUACGCACCUCUGCCCCCCGACGACGACGGGGUCGUCGAUGACCCGAAGGUCACCCUCGAGGGCAAGGACCUCUGGGAGAAGUUCCACAAGCUGGGCACGGAGAUGGUGAUCACCAAGAGUGGCAGACAAAUGUUCCCACAAAUGAAGUUUCGAGUGUCAGGCCUAGACGCAAAGGCCAAAUACAUCCUGCUACUGGAUAUCGUCGCCGCAGACGACUACCGAUAUAAGUUCCACAACAGACGUAUGUUUCCUGCCUACAAAGUUCGCGUUUCUGGUCUUGAUAAAAAAGCGAAGUACAUUUUGCUAAUGGACAUCGUAGCUGCCGACGAUUGCAGAUACAAAUUCCACAACAGUCGAUGGAUGGUGGCCGGCAAAGCCGACCCCGAGAUGCCGAAGAGGAUGUACAUCCACCCGGACUCGCCGUCGACGGGUGAGCAGUGGAUGCAAAAAGUGGUCUCCUUCCACAAGCUAAAGCUAACCAACAACAUCAGCGACAAACACGGAUUCGAGCUCAUCUAUAGCCAAAGUCAACGGAUGUUGUCAAAGUUGCUGUGGCCCAACCCGGCCCCUAGUGCACCCAGAGACCCCCACUCAGAUCAUUUGUGUGUCACGCAGACGAUCCUCAACUCCAUGCACAAGUACCAGCCACGGUUCCACCUGGUGCGAGCCAAUGACAUCCUGAAGCUGCCCUACUCCACCUUCAGGACGUACGUCUUCAAGGAGACAGAGUUCAUUGCCGUCACUGCCUAUCAAAAUGAGAAGAUCACACAACUGAAAAUCGACAACAACCCAUUCGCGAAAGGGUUCCGAGACACGGGCGCGGGGAAACGGGAAAAGAAUUUGUCCGUGUACCGCAGGCAGGCGCUGUUGACGGCGCGCUCGGACCGCGACGAGGACGACGAGCGGCCGCUAGAUGUCGGCGGGCCGUCCAGCCCGCCACCGUCCUCCACCACGCAACACAACACUAGCUCAUGGUUUAGCUCAAGUGGAGCCGGUGCUGAUUCCGGCCCUGAGGAAGGCAUAGAGGCGAAUUCGGACUCCUCCUGUUCAGGAGGGCCGCGAGCGACCUCUCCCCCUGCGGGCCCGUCCCGCCCCUCGCCAGCCCCGGACGUGUCCCUAGGUCCGCCGGUACAGCCUCCGUUGCUGCCGUACCUGUAUCCUCCGUCGCUGUACCCGCCACCGUUCUUCCCCCCGCAUCAAAUGCCGCCAGGUUUGCUCUUUAACCUGCAUCCUCUGCUGCAGCAGUACUCGCUGCCGCCUCCGCCCGCGCCGCCAGCCCCCGCGGUCGCCCCGUCCCUGAGCAAAACGCACAGGUUCGCGCCUUACGCGCUGCCUGGUUUAGGAUCAGCGUUUGAGCAAGUAGCGCCACGCGCACGAAGCUUAAGUUCGUCUCCAGCGCGACCGAGGAACGGAUCACCCCCCGCGCGAGCCGCGUCAGCUGAUCCCCCUCCAGACGCCCCCACGUCAACAUCCUCCACCCCCCCAGCCUCGGACCUCAAGAGCAUCGAGAGGAUGGUGAACGGACUCGACGUGGAAACGCAGGACUGACCGACCUAACAUUGUAAAUAGCGUGUAUUUAUAUUAGCUCCCGCUUUACCAAAAAGUCACCGGUGAAAUAGUGGCGGGGGGUAUCGUUUUGUAUCGUUCCUAUUUUGUUUUCCUUUCGAGUUCUAUUCGGGUCGAUUUCGUAUACUGUUUGUAAAUAAUUAAGAUUGUGAUAGGUCAGACGGCACGCGGUGUCAACUCGAGCGCUCGAGAAGAGCACUUGAAAUUGUUAUUAUCCUUCCACGGUAACACAGCACACCUUCUUGGGCUUGCGAACUUGUUCAUGGAGAAUAUCGACAGGUAUCAGUCUGCCUAGGGAGAGCAUUAUAACAGAAUUAAUUCAUUCGGAAAAAAAUGUAUACAUUUUAUAGCUACUGACGCUUUUUAAUAUUCUUUGAUCAAAGUCAACUAAAUUACACUGCCUGCUAUCGUGGAAGCAUUUAUUUUUAAAUUAUGAAAUGGCCGUAGUAAAGUAUUUAAAUACUUAUUUGCCCAAAAGUCUACAAUGUUUUAGCUAACGUAGGUAUAUAUAAAAAAAUAAUUAAUAUAGUUAGGUACCUAUGUAGGUACCUAACUAUAUUUCACAUACUAACUAACAGCCAAUGCAGGUACUAACCUACUUAAGACAAUUUAAAAACUUACAAUAUCUUCACUUUUUUUAAAUUCAGCCAGUGACAUUUUUUUUCAAUCAAAACUACUUCGGCUAACUCUUAGAUAUUUUACUAUGGCAAUACAGUUUACAAUAGGACGCGAAGUGACGUCGACAUCGAAGACCUAUCCACGUAGUUAACCUCCACAUUAUUAGACACUCAUAGAUUCUCCACUGCAAUAGAAAUAGUUUUAAUGAUAUAUUGCUGAUUACGAAGUGUUAUUUCAAUCCAAGUAAUUUAAAUUAAACAGUUUUUCUAAGUUAUUUCAAUCAGUUAAUUAACUUUAUAAAAUAAUUUAAUUUUUUGCAUUUACAUUUUAAAAAGCCAUUUAGUAUAUAUCCUUCAAAUACUUCUUACAUAAAUAUGAAAUGAAAAUUCGUCUUCAGCAGUUAAAUAUAUUAAUUUCCCACUUCGAUAGUAAUUUAAUACUAUUACUUUUUUUGUAAAUACAAUUUGUAAGGUAUAUUUUACGUGUUUACUAAUAGACAUAUUUGGAAAAUAUGUUUUGUCAAUUGUGCUGUGAGACGGCGGGCGUUAAAUUGCUGCGUUUAUGAAAUCAUUAAAAUAUGUACAAAAUUAUUAAUUUUUUGAACGAAUCACUAACAUUUAAGAUGAUAAAAUAUUACCUCAAAUAAAUUUGGCUAAAAAAAAACCAAACGAAACAAUUUCACGCACGCAAUAAACGAUUGAUAAAAAAAUCUAACUAUAAGUCAAAAAUUGUAAUAUAUAGUUAAUAAAUUGUAGUUAAAAUACAAAAUAUAUAAUUAUAAAUGAAUAUAAUUUUCCAUGGAAUUCAUUAAAUUUAAGCGUUUAAUUCGAAAAUAGAUACCUAUAUAUACGUAAAAGUUUAAUUUUCUGUUGGUAACGAUGUUCUUCACCAGAGAUUUGAUUGCAAUAAGUAUUGUUAAUUUGCCAUUUUUUCUACAAAAAUAAUGCUUUGUAAGAUGGAUGAGAGACUGUAUCGUGCAACAUCUGUAUUGAGAAUUAUUCAUUAAAAUAUAUAGAUAACUCUAUUGACAAAAUUAA